AUGAAUAGUUCAACACAACCGCUUCCGUUGCUUCGAUCCAAACAAGAGGAUCCUGCUCGAGCUGGUUCCUCCCUCACACACAGAAGACGGGCUCGAGACGACGACCGCUUCGCCCUUGAUCGCCAUGUCGAAUCCUCUUCCCCCCUCUCCUCCUCCUACCAGAAUGCGCGAGCCCGUUCUCCGAUCAGCGGCUCCUCGCCCUUCCUCACGAAAACGCUGGACGGACCAUCCGCCCCAGAGUCGGCUAUGCUGUCAAGUCCACUCAAAAAAUCAUGGACAGAUCGCAAUACCCAAAGUCCGGAUGUCUAUGAGACAAACGAAAAUAACAACUAUCACGACCAUUACGAACAUGACGAGCUCAACGAUAACGACGAUUUUCAAGCGCCCGCAAGUUCGCCAUUCCGUUACGACGGACGCGAAGACACAGUCGAUUUUCACAAAUUGCAAGAAUACCAGCGCGCAUCUUCAGGAACACAUCAUCCACUGCAAAUGAACUAUCCAGAGGAGGAGCCGACGAGCUCGCCUUUUCGCCCCGCUGCCAGAGAUGAAACAGUGGAUUUCCAGCGUUUGCGCGAGGUACAACCGAUGUCGCCGGGCCUGGAAAAACGCUUACAUUUCGAUGAGCCGGCAAGCUCGCCUUUUAGACAUGAUGUCAGAGACGAAACAGUGGAUUUCCAGCGAUUGCGCGAGGUGCAACCGAUGUCACCAGGCUUGGAUAAGCGCUUGACAUUUGAUGAACCGGCAAGCUCUCCGUUCCGCGCGGAGGUAAAAGAUGAGACGAUUGAUGUUCAACAAGUGAAUGAGCUGCAACAGCCAGCGUCACCCACUUUUGACGAGCAACCGCUAGACCCGGAAAGCUCUCCAUUCAGACCAGAAGCGAGGGAAGAAACUGUGGAUUUCAACAGACUACGUGAGGUGCAACAGCAGUCAGUUGGAGAGCCGAUGCAGUCUCCCUCUGCCAUGGCCCACAGCUCGCCAUCCAGUCAAAAUGUGAAGGACGACACAAUCAACUCCCAGAAGAUGCGCUCGAUCCUUCGGGCCUCCCUCACUCGAGCAUCACUUGGUUCAAACGGAAGUCGAUUGAGCACUGCCACUCCCCGGAAACGCUCCUUCGAUCAAACACCUCAAGAUCAAGAAAGAGACGCACAACUGAAAGAGCGAUGCAAGAAGGGAAUGGUCAACCGUGCCGAAUGCCCGGAAAUUCAUGUUGAUCUCGAAGAAGAUUCGAGCGUCAUUCACGAGCGGAGCUUUACAUCAGCUGCAAGUGCCACGCAAGACCGAUCUAUGAUCGCGAAUAGUAUGAUGGAAGACAAGCAGAACGAAGGCAUGAGCACUGUCCUCCACGAAGAGGAAGAGCAGGGCAAGGAGAACCAGGGGCGCGCUGUUUAUGAUGACCGUUCCGUUCUAGAUGAACAAGAUCAUGACCCAAUGGAUGAUACAGGCUUCAGCAACUUCUCUGUUUUGCCCGAUAUGACUUCCUUUGCGAAACUUCGGGCUGACUCGCCGCUGAAGUCAAUGCGCGGUAGUGUUGCUCCCAGCCCAGCUCGCACUGCUGAUAUUUACCGACGCAGCGUCGAUCCAACUACCCCCGGCACUGCCCGAAGAUCAUACCGGACCAGUGCUCUUCUUGAUACCGGCUCCCCAAUUGGAACACCUACUCCCCGACGUAGAGCAUCGCGGGAUGUUGGCCAUUCUGGGGAGACCCCCAAUUUACUUGACUUCACGGACCAGGCGAAUUUCUUUCACCGGCAGUCGAUACAGAGCACACGGUACUCGCCCUCGCGACGAUCGCCUCUGCGGACCCUGCGCGAGUCUAUCCGGUCGCCGUCGAAAUUGUCACUACUGGAUUUCGACAUACCCCCUGCCCCGACUCCUCGGUCCAUUCCCACUAUCACCCCCCGGGAACUUGAAUCGCUAAAGUCAAGCUUCAUGUCCGAGAUUUCAUCCCUCAAGGCCACGCUCAGUGGGAAGGAGGCUGAGGUUGCUAGCCUGAAGACGGCCGUAGCAGAUGCAGAGCGUCGUGUUGGUGAGGCCUUGGAGGAGGUGCGCAAUGAAGCUGCACGCAAGGAAGAGCUCGAACUGGAGCAGUCGGAGUGGGAUCGUCGAGGAAAGGAGAUGGAGACUGUUCUGCGAUCUGUCCGGGCAGAAUUAGAAGAUGGAGAACGUGAGCGAGAUCGCCUGGCACGAAAAGUUGAGGAGGCCGAGAAGGCCAAAGAGCAUUUGGAAGGCCGAAUUGUCGAACUUGAAUCCCAGCUCUCCGCUGCGCGUUCGUCGACUUUGUCCGAGCCAAGUUCCAGUUCUGGAUCCCGACAGGUUUCUCAGUCAUCGGCUGAAGAUACCGCUCGAGAGGUGCAGGAUGCUGUUGAGAAGGUCGCCCGGGAACUUCAUACUCUUUACAAGAGUAAACAUGAAACCAAGGUUGCUGCCCUGAAGAAGAGUUACGAGUCUCGUUGGGAGAAGCGCGUCCGAGAGGUAGAGAAGAAACUUCAAGCUUCUCAAGAAGACAACGAGCAGCUCAGGAUCGAGCGUGACGCUGCUCAGUCUGAGACAAUGGCCGCCGCCAAUGCCAGCAUGAUUGCGCGCGAGAAUGACGAGCACGAAGCCGAGAAACGUGUCUUUGAAGCGCAAAUCAAGGGCCUGCAGCAAGAAAUGGCCGCCCUAAAGGAAGACAGCGAGCGCCUUCGCUAUGAACUCAAGUCAGAGCGGGCAGAGAAGGGCGAGCUCGUCGCGGCCGUCGACGAGUGGCUUGCCAUGCAGCAGGGUCAGCCUGCUCCUCCCCAGCAACAAGAUCGUGAGCCAUCCGUUUCCUCUGCUGGCCCUCCCGAGGAUGACUACCUGUCGUCCGGUGAACCGGUAGCGGAGAACCUCAAUCGCAGCAUCGGCCGCUCGGGAUCCAGUGGGGUUCGUCCCCCUGCGACGGCUGAGAGGCGCAUCCCCCGAUACGGAGCUCCUGGUGGGCACUCUCGUGGUAACAGCGGUGGGAAGUCUGGCAUCGCGGUGUUCACCCCCGGUCGUGGAGGAAUCAUGAGCUCCAUCGAACGAAUGGGCCGCGGUGGUGCCGCCUGA